CCAGGCUUCCACAUCUUCCAGUACGCCUACGGCUGCGAGAUCCGGGCGGACGGCAGCACCGGGGGCUUCCGGCGCUUUGGCUACGACGGGGGCGACUUCCUGAUCUACGACGCCGCCCGGCACCGCUGGGAGGCUCCUGCCCGGGAGGCCGAGGCCACCCAGCGCCGGUGGAACGGGGACCCGGUCGCCCUACAGUACUACCGCCACUUCCUGGAGCGGGAGUGCGUCGAGGCCCUGCGCCGCUACCUGCAGCUCGGGCAGGGGGCGCUCGCCAGGCGGG